UCCUCGCCAUGUCUUCUCACAAGACUUUCAGGAUCAAGCGAUGCCUGGCCAAGAAGCAAAAGCAGAAUUGUCCCCUCCCCCAAUGGAUUCGAAUAAAAACUGGUAAUAAAAUCAGGUACAAUGCGAAGAGAAGACAUUGGGUAAGAACCAGGCUGGGUCUAUAA